AUGGUCUUCUUCCUCGCGUCUUGUCCCAACUGUACUAAGGAUAACUAUUCCAAUUAUAAGGCCAAUAUCACUUACAUGGCCGUAGGUAACUGCCAUGAUCCGCCUAGCUGCAGUCAAACAUCGAUGUGUGCUUAUUACAGUAACCGUUCUGAUGAUCCUAAAGGUGGUAUUUUGUAUGCUUACAAUCAGCUCACUGGGGCGAUCGAUUACAUCGAAUCAUACAAGUAUCCAUUCGCCCAUUUUUUCGAAGCGGGUGGCACUCAUAUCAUGCUCGACUCCUUCGACUGGGUUAUGUGCUUUUACG